AUGGGUUCCAAGCAGGGGACAAGGAUCCUCCUCCUCAAGAACUACCCACCUGCCUCGCCCGUGGACCACGCCAUGACCGAGUCCAUCCGGAGCAACAUCGCCGCCUCCAUUCCCGACGCCCAGCUCGACAUAAGCUGCGUCGCGAACGGCGAGACCAUCCCAGACCUGUCGGCCUACGGGUUGGUGAUCCUGAGCGGGGGCCGCGUGAACCUCCUGGAGGAGGACCAGCCGAAGUGGGUGCUGGACGUCCUCGGGAUGAUCCGGCAGAUCGCUGGGGGGAGUUCAAAGACGAAGCUGCUCGGGAUCUGCUGGGGCCACCAGGCCGUCCACGUUGCACUUGGGGGGAAGCUUGCUUGGCUUGGGGAUGAGCAUCGGAUUGGUGUACAAGAGACCGAACUCGCUCCUGCGGGGCAGAAGUUCUUCCACCGCGAUAGCCUGCUGAUACACAAAUACAACAUCAGAUAUGUGUCUGAGCUGGCUCCCUGGUUCACACCGCUGUCUGAGGACAACGAGAUCACAUUGGCGUCGUCAGGGAAGAUCCUCACGUUCCAAGGCCACCCAGAGCUGACAUACGAGAUCUCAAGGACGCUGAUAGAGGGGGCCCGUGGUGCUUACCGGCCACGGGACACGGCUGAGUUGAGUAGCAACGGGGUUGUGGUGCGAGACAUUUCCACACCGCAUGACGGACGUGAGGCAUGGUCACAUGUCUUGCGUUGGGCUGCCUAG